CUAGCUUGUGUUGAGUUAUCACAUUUGGGUUGCAAAAAUCUGGAAGACCACUAAAAGUUGGAGUCUGGAGUAUAUCUUUGAGGUUAUCUAGAGGUCACCCAUAUUUCUGCAGUCUAAUGAACUUCAGUUGCUCCCAUAAAUCUGAUGACAGAGAACGUCUUUUAGUUUCCCACAGCACAUCUUCAUAUAAUUCAGUAAUCAUCAGUUAUUAAGCUCCACAAAGAUUCUUAAAACUUCUCAAACCGAAGAUAUUAAGCACUCUCCCUGAAAGUCUCUGCUUCUUAGAAAUCCAUUCUUUCUUACAUUUCUGCUUUCCUGUUGCCAUGGAGAAGGUCCAGUACAUAACUCGCUCUGCUCUGAGGAGAGCCUCAACUAUUGAGGUGCAUCCACAAACACGGCAAAGGCUUCAGGAGCUUUUUGUAAACUUCUGUCUUAUCUUGAUAUGUCUGUUGCUAAUAUGCAUCAUUGUGAUGCUUCUUUGAAGUCCAGUAUUUUUGAUUGAUCUUCACUAUCUUAUGCAAUGGGAAAUGCACCAGAAGGAGAAAAGAAUCAAACAAGAAACAUCCAGCACAAGGAAAUCUAUGCCAGAAAGUCCAGCACUCGGGCUAAAAAAUUUCUCACCACCUCCACCCUUACUCACUGUAACCAUUAAAAGCACCUGUACUGAACAGUGAUUUGAAAAACUACUAUCACAAGACGAUGCAUGAGCUAAUUUGCCUGCUUUAUUUUUAAAGGAAGACUUCUGUGGAUGUUGAUAAUUAGUGUUACGUGUAAAAUGUCCAGCUAUAAAAUUUUAAAUAGCAGCCUUGAAAUUUUGGUUCCAGAUUAUUUGUUUGUUAUUACUAAUCCGCUAUAAGUGUUUACUUUAGUGAAUAAAGAAUGGGCUGAAUGCACUAUUAUUAAAUGCACAAUUAAAUCAUUAUAUAUUCUAGGA